AUGAAUGGUAAUGACAAAAAAGAUGGAGAAGAUGAUGAAAUCGAAGAGAAUGACGAGCACGAUACAAAUCAGGCAAUUACCAAAAAUUAUCAUGAAAUCGAUGAAAAUGACAAAAACAAUCACGACAGCAAAAUCGACAAAGAUAGUGAAUUGAGUGAAGAUCGGAAAACUUACGGAAACGGUCAAUUGAAUGAAAACGACAUGAAAGAUGAAAAUAGGGAGAUAGACGGAAAUGACGGCGACUAUGGAAAUCGCGGGAUUGAUGGAUUCUUGAAUUACGAUAUCGAUAGGGAUCGCGAAAUUGACGGAAAUUGUAAAAUAGCCGGAAACUACGGAAACGAGAGAAGUCGUCAAAUUGACAAGGAUGAUGAAAUCGACAAAAAUUACGAAAACAAUGAAAACUGCCAAUUUGACGAGAAUAGUGAAAUUGGUAGGGAUCGUGGAACUGACAGAAAUGAAUCAGGCCCUGCUAAAACUAAGUCAGAUAAAGAAUUCUACCAUAAUCUGAUCACUGCGAAAGCUAAAGAUUGUUUUAUAGCCGGUUUGAAUGAAAAAAUGCGCGAUAUGUUAAGGAUAAGGAACCCCAAAGAUUUGAUAAAAGCAUACCAAAUAGCUUCAUACGAAGAAAGACUGAAGAUAACUGAAGAUCGAAUAAGCCAAUUUUCUAAAUCAGUUACUUUGGAUAGAAGUAAAAUUACUUGUCAACACUGUGAUAAGACAGGACAUUCAAUGAAAAAUUGUUUCAAAUUAGGAAAAAACCAAAAACCAGAGGCUAUCAAUGCAUGUACAAAUGACGAAUGCGAUGAAUAUGAAGAACCAUUCGAACCUGAUUCUCAAGAAAUAAAUUACUGCUCUCAAAAUUGUUCAGAACUAAUAAACGAGUGCUGCAUUACAGAAGAAAUUACUUGCGAUGAAUGUCAUCGAGUUUAUCCAGUAGACAGUAACAGAUUAGCAUGUUUCUUUUGCAAAAAGCCAGGACACGUGCAAGCUAAUUGCUUCAAAAGAAGAGCCAUGCUAGCCUCUAAGCCUACUCCAAAUAAUGCCAAUCAACAACCAAAUUUUGUAAAUCGGACAGCGUUAGUGAGCGGAACGAGGUCCAUGGUAGGAGAAACCCGCUCAACCCAAACAACGAAGGAUUAG